AUGCGUUGUCUCAUUUCGUUUGAAAGCGUUGGAGCCAUUAUUGCGAAGUGGGUCGUGGAAAGAGUAGUGACGAAGCCAAACUUUGAUCAACAUGUUUUGAUCGACGUCAACGUUGUCCUCGACCAUCAUUAUUGUCCGACAACGCUAGAUUGCUGUUCCGUUCAACUCUAUCUCGCUGGUGCUCGCCGACUAGAAUCAUAUCAAGGUGGAUCAUUCCACAAUCCUCGCCCUGUCUGUCGCUCAAGCAUUUUAGGAUAUGCGUCUCUUGGACGCAGUUUUUCGGUUUCGGGGUGA